AUGGCGCACACUGGGGCAAUGGAAGACGCAUCCGCGGACGAUAGCUUAGCCAAGCAGGGGACUGGUGUCUGCUUGAGAAGUCGACCAUGCUCCAGCGAGAGAGACGGUCACGUACGGGCUGUCAAAGCUGCUCUUCAGUCCAGGUUGGGGCCCUACGAGCCCGUCCUGACCUACCUACAGUCCGUCCUAGUGUGGGAAAGACCCGUUCAGUGUGUGCUUCUCUACAUCGUGGUCAACAUCGUGUUUUGGUUCUUCGCCCUGACCUCACUGCGCCUCCUGUUCCUGUUGGCUUCUGGUCUGGCUUUGCUUGUCUGUGUUGAUACCUGGAGAAACAAGAUCUGGCCAGUGAUUAGAGUCAGGAAGCUGGACGAAUCAGAACAUGAGAGCUGGGGUCUGGUGCAGCCCGGCAUCAUCAGUGUGCCUGAACUCUGCCACCACAUGGCUGAAGCCUGGGUCAGUCUAUUGGUUCUCACAUCCAGUGUGCUGCAGUAUAAACAACACAACCCGGGCAAGUUUUGCUUCAUGACCUGUGGAGUGUUCUCCUGUUUGGCUGUGGUUGGACGCUACAUUCCUGGAUUGGUGCUAUCCUACUCGGCUGUGUUGGCCACUCUCCUGGCCCCUCUGGGAGCUUAUCACAGGGUGUUCCAGCAUGUGUGCGUGAAGCUGGAGCCGGCCCUGCAGUGGCUGGACUUCAGCGUUCGUGGAUACAUGAUGUCGAAGCCUAUAGAUAAUCAGUUCCUGCGGAGGCCCAUCCAUGGUGCCGCCUCGGGUGAAGGCAGCGACAGCGAGGAGGAGUUGGCUGCUUUCUGUCCAACAUUCGAUGAUGCUGUUGUUGCCAAGGAGCUUGCCCUGACUGACUCUGAGCACUCUGACGCUGAAGUGUCUUACACUGAUAAUGGAACUUUUAACCUAUCCCGGGGUCAGACGCCGCUCACAGAGGGCUCUGAGGAUUUUGACAGGCACAGUGAUGCUGAGGAAUCUUUCGCUCAGGACCUCCCAGACUUCCCCUCCAUCAACCCUGACGCCACACUGAUGGAUGAUGAUGAUGACACGAGCAUAGGUCUGCCUAGUCUGGGUCCGUCCGGGCUGGCUAGUCACCGGGCCUCAGUGCUGGAUGUAGAUUCCCAUCUGGACUCAGACCAGGAGGAUCUUGAUGCAGAACUUUCUCUCGGCGGCCUUCCUACUUCUAAUUUAACAGGAGACUUGGCCGGAGUCAUCGCCAGCAACAUGAUCCAGGCGGCGCUGAUCGGGGCGAUGCAGCCUCGGCCUCCUGCCUCCCACCGCAGCGAAGGCCCUCCGAGGGCUGGAGCCCACCGAAGCUACCGCAAGCAGUCCAGUUCUGAGCUGGACACAGACUUGGACGCAGAGGACUUUGAAAUGCUGGAUCAGUCUGAAUUGAACCAGAUGGAUCCCCUCGGAGGAGGAGGGGGGAGCAGACGGGGAGAGAGCCAGGGGUCUACCUUCUUGUCUAGCCUGCUGGGUAAACCACAGUAAGAUUCAAGCGUGUGGGAGCAUGUGUGUCUGUACACCUGACUUCAUGUGGAGUGUACAUGAUGAGUGUGUGUGAGAGUGUGUGUUUGGUGUGUGAGAGAUGAUUUUAGGUUCCAGCAGCCCCGCUUCUGAUCAGCAUCAGUUUAUCACUGUGAAGUCUUUUAUUUUUUCUAUCUUUUCAAACUCUUUUCUCCCGUACUUUCAAACCCUUUUCAUCCAGAAAACUUUUACUUUGUAGGCUGAGCAAUAGGAAGUGCGACAAAAAAAAAUAAAACACAUAGAGACAUUAAAAGAACCAGCAUUAUCAAGCCUUGUAAUAUUACGCACUCAUAAAUUACAAGGGUACUUUGUUAGUGUCCAUAUAUAAACAAACAGCAGUGCCCAUAGAACAUUUUCUACCUGGAGGUCUCCACACACAGGGCUAUUUAACAUGGGACCAAAUAUGACAUUCCUGUUGGCUGAGCUGAGCCAUGUUGCAUUAAGGAACAACAUCACAUGUUUGAGUUCCUGUAGUUAAUGGAAUAAUCUUUUUUUCCUCACGUUUUGUGAAAGAAGCAGCAGUUCAUGUCGCUGUUGUUAUUACUGCUCUGCUGUCCUGUAAACUAGCAUGUGGAUAUGAUCUGUUAGACUUAUUUAAAUGUUAGAGAUUAAUAAAUACUUUCCAGCAGUUAUAGAUUGGGACAGCGAUCCUUUUCUAGAUACAAAAAUAUUCAGAUAAAAGCUUCCCUUGUUUCUCUGUAGGGUUUUCUUCACUCUUUUCCUCUCCCGCUAUCAUAUUAAGACAUUUUCAUGCAUUUUCUUGGAGCUAGUUUUGUUUUAUUUUAUUUUAAUUUUUUAAAGAAAGUCACGUUUCAGUCUUAAUCUGAUAUUUGACCCGGAGGAGCAUAUGACGUUAUGCUUGUUGUUCGUUGUAUUUAUGAACCCAGGUUUGCUGUGAGUACGGUCAGAAUAUUUUAAAUUUCCCUGCCCUUUUAAUACAGCUCAGUUCCAUAAUGUGUCCAUGUUUAAUACCUUGAAUGAGCCCUCUGCUUUGUGUGUUUUUUCUUUUCUUUUUUCAAAACAUUUGAACACCUUUUCUUUGUUUCUUUUACCAUCUUUGUAUUUCAUGUAGUUGACAGUCAUGCUGAACUUUUUAAGAAACAAAUCAAAAUAUAUUCUUCAUUUCAUGGAUCUUUUACUAUUUCAAUGGGGAAACAUGUUUACAUGAAGAUUGGUAUAGAAGUUCUCCUUAUAUCCUUUAAAAAAAAAUAGUGUUAGUACGCAAAGGUUUAAGGUGGCUUUUGUGUGCUGGUCAGCCUGAUUUCCUUUUGAUGGAUGAACUAUGUCCAUAUGUCAAAACUUAGAAGUAGAAUUGGCACUUAAACUUAAUGAGCCACAGCUGAGAUUUAUUAAAAUUAUAUAUCAAAAAAGUAAAAAAACAAAAAAAACAAACAUGCUGGGUUGUUAAUAGAAGACAACACACUGCUCUCUAUAAUUGUUAUUUUGAGAGGAAAAUCCUAGCUGCAAAAGAUUUAGCACAAAAAAACAAAUUGCUGGAUCCACGCUCAUGAAGAUGAAGUUGAGUAACUGCACUGACAGGAAGUUUGGCGGAUUUUGAGGCUAUAAAAAAAGAGAUGAAUCUCUGCUGUUUGACCAUCAGUUUACCAGAAUGUUGCUCAUUGCUGUUCCAUGAAGUUCCUCAGUAUGACUGAUCUGUAGUCAGUUUGAUAAUGUAAUGUGCAUAUUAGUGUAUUUUCUUCUCUGUAACUGGUUUUUGAUAUGUUUUGAUGUGUAAAUCAUAUUGAAUAAAAUGUUUGCAAUUAA